AUGAGAGAUCAUAUUCCACCAAAUCAGGACCCCAUCCCCUCGCCUUCCCGCUCCCGUAAUAAGCAAGCGGAGGUGACGAUCAUCGGCGGCAUGCGCUCGUCUUCGCCCGCUCCGCCGGGCCUCUCGAGCGGGUCCUCGUCUUCGUCUAUCUCGUCUGUUGAGACUUCAUCUCCGACUGGGAUCAGACUCGGUCUUGGAUUUGGGGAUUCUAUGUUCGUGGAUGGGAGGGAUGAUGGAAAUGGUGAUGUUUUGGCUCCCGUGGGCACGGCUAUAAGCUCUUCGGCUUCAGCGGAUAGAACUGUUCAUGCAGAUGGUGGCAUGCAAAAUUCGUCGCACAUUUCGUCUUCCUCUUCCUCGUGGAGUACACCAGCGCCGUCUGCUGCUUCGGUUGUGUCGGUUGGUACCGUAAAUCAUAACUCUGCGCCGUGGACACCUGGCGAGAAAAUUUAUACUUGCUUAUUCCAUAUGCUGGAUUGUCAUGAUUCGUUCAAUGAUGUCUUGCAGUGGAAGGCGCACGUGUCAGGUCAUUUCCGCACGUUUCCGCCGCCACGAACCGCAAGAUGUCCACUCUGCUCAGAUGAGUUUAUCGAUGACGGCGACGACGAGUCGUUGCUGCUUUCUCCUCUUUCACUAUCCGAGACGAACGACGACCAGAAAGCUCUGAGUCAAAAUAACCAGGUGCCCAUCAGCGCCUCUUCCCAAGAUAUGCUUCAUGAUCAUGAUCAAGCACAACUUUCAGAUUCUGCUUGGAACCGCAUGCUUGAUCAUGUCGCAGAGAGUCACUACCAGAACGGGCAAACGUUAGCAGGUAGUCGGCCAGACUUUGAACUUAUGCGACAUCUUUAUAACCGGCGCAUCAUCUCUGAUGCUCAGUUUAAAGCGAUGCAACUUGCACCUGCUCCAUCGAGUCCGGCAUAUCAUCGUUCACAAGACGGUGUUCGAGCUAGUAUCGGAUCCUCAGAUGAGCCGUAUUAUGCGCCUUAUAGCCGGAGGAGGGAAGAAAGGAUGAGAGGAGCCACUCGGGGGGUUAGUGUUGUUUGA